AUGACAUUAGCUCCUGACGAAGUAUAUUCCCCUGCACAUCGAUGGCUUGAACUGCAUGGACAAAAAAAUAAUGGUGUAAGAUUUUUUCCACAAAAUAAUGAAGGUAUUUUUUAUUUUUUAAAUCCUUAUAGUGGAUGUAGUAAUACAACAACUCCAAAGGGUGUUUUAGAUGUUCCCCAUGGUGAUGGUUGCGAUGAAGAAGAAAAAGAAGAAAGGGAACUUAAUUCACAUAGUGGGGGUGGUUUACAUAGUGAUAGUGGUUCAGAAGGAGGAAUUGUCAUUAAAGGAGGUACAGUAAAUAUAACACCUACAGAAUACCCCCUAAAAAUAUAUUUAAUAACUAUUACAAUCAUAGUGGGAGCAAUUCUUUUACUUUCCCUUCUAGCUAAAGUA